AGUGACUGUGUGUGUUUCAGGUGGACUGGCUGACAGAGAAGAUGAGAGAAGCAAACUUCACUGUGUCAUCUAUGCAUGGAGACAUGCCACAGAAAGAGAGAGAGUCUAUCAUGAAGGAGUUCAGAUCUGGAGCCAGUCGAGUGUUGAUCUCCACAGAUGUUUGGGCCAGAGGUCUGGAUGUUCCUCAGGUUUCUCUCAUCAUCAACUAUGAUCUGCCCAACAACAGAGAGCUGUACAUUCACAGGAUUGGUCGAUCGGGGCGUUACGGCAGGAAGGGUGUGGCCAUCAACUUUGUGAAGAAUGAUGACAUUCGUAUCCUGCGUGAUAUCGAGCAGUACUACUCCACACAGAUCGAUGAAAUGCCCAUGAACGUUGCUGAUCUGAUCUGAUCGGAGAUGUUGAAUGCAGGCUGAAACUUCCAAUAACACUUUUAUUCUCAUUCGGAUCUUAUUUUUCCACCUCUUGUCUUUUUUUUAUUUUUAAUUUCCUCUAGUGUUUUUAUGUAGUUUGAGCGAGUCAUUGGAUAUUGUGUUUAAGUAACGGCUGUUCCAUGCUCUUCGUUGGAUUUUGUAAAUAAAGAUUCUUUGUCACAGUC